CAGCUGCCAGGGUGAGGGACAGUUGCGGCGGGUGCGCUCGACGGCGGGCCUGGAACGCUCUUCGGGUCCAGAGGGCUGUUGACCCUUUGUGUCCUUGUUCUUUUGCGAACUUUGGGGCUCCCCUGCUCUUCCAAGACUCAGUCUUAAGUGGGGCCUGGGAUCCGGCGAUCGGUCCACGAUGAUCUGGUUGAAGAAGGCAAAGACUCUGCUGGAGUGGGUGAUGCACUCAGGCAACAUUCACAGUUUCGACAGAAACCUGGAAAAGAUGACUGUUGUUUCUGCUGCCCCUGGGAAAGUGAUUUGUGAAAUGAAAGUAGAAGAGCAGCAUACCAAUAAAAUAGGCACCCUCCACGGCGGCCUGACAGCCACCUUAGUAGAUGUCGUGUCAUCGCUUGCUCUGCUGUGCACAGAAAGAGGUGUAAGCGGAGUCAGUGUUGAUAUGAACAUAACGUACCUAUCAACUGCUAAAAUAGGAGACGACAUACUGAUCACAGCACACAUCUUGAAGGAAGGAAGAUCACUAUCAUUUGCUUCUGUGGAUCUGACCAACAAGGCCACGGGAAAACUAAUAGCACAAGGCAGACAUACCAAACACAUGGGAAACACACCAUUUGAAGGCAACGAGAAGAAGUCCAACAAUGAGUGUCCAGAGUCAACCUGAUUUGGACAAAUGUAAUUUUCAAAAUAGCACAACCGGAAGUAGCCAAGAAAGUGUCUUUGGGGAAAAUGCCAGAGAUCAAGUGGGAUACAGGACAGGGGGUUGUCUAUGUUCUUUGAUUUCGAGACUAUUAAUGAUUAAUCCUUAAAUUGUAGGUCCUCAGCUCUAAAAUGCUCUUUUUUUAAAAACCCAAUUCCAUUAUGGAACUUCAAAGCAGAGGAACCACAGGCCACACUGAAAAAUAAGAGUGAGCAGUCCUCAAAAGUUUAAGGCAAAGCAGAUUAGUGAUAAAUAGCCCAGUGGGUAUGCUGCUUUUCUGACAAUUCAGGAUUGGUAUAUUUUAUAGUGGUGGUAGUGGGAAGCAUAGAAUUACCCCUUUUCUAGUACCUAGGAUAAAACCAUGCAGAUCUUCAAUCUCUUAAUGCUUGGUAUUGGAAAGACCAAGUUCACUAAUUGUUUAGUCAAUUUCUCAAAUUUCUGUCAACUGUGGUAUUUAUAAUUGGUUUCUGCAUCAGGGUCUUAGUUCUAACAUUUCACAACUGAUCAUAAAGAAAGGAAGUAAUUUCCUUUGGAAGUUGGAAACAGUUAACAGUUAAAGGUUGAUGAGCCUUUGGUUGUAUUAGAAUACAACAUGCACAUCAGAAUAUAUAUAGCCCUGUUUGCUGGAAGGGCAGAAGCAGACUUAAUAACAACAGUGAGCACAUAGGAAACCCAGAUCUAGUAUUGCCCACGGAAAGGAACUUGGGAUCCUUGGAGAAAACAGCUGAUUUCAGAGCUGGGGGUGGGAUAGGGAAAUAAGAUAAACCUAUCUUGUAUUUGAAAGUCAAGAAGUGCUCAAUAAAACAAGGCGUGAAAAUUACAUAGCAGUGUAUGACGCAGAGAGCUCAAACCCAGUGCUCUGUGAUAACCUAGAGGGGUGGGAGGUGGAAGUUCAUGAGGGAGGAGACAUGUACACCUAUGGGUGAUUCGUGCUAAUGUAUGGUGAAACUCACACUACUGUAAAGCAAUUAUCUUCCAAUUACAAAUAAAUAAACUACAUACCAUUGAAAA